AUGUAAAAGUAAAUUUUGAUUAUAUUCAUUAGAGAAAUCGUAGAAUUUACAUUCAAGUACUUUUGUUACAAAUAUAUUUGUAUAAACAUUAUGGUUCUCCUAUUCACACUUUAUUAAUUUUAAGCAGCACCUUUGGCUUUACCAUUAUCCUGUAUGAUAUUGAAUGAAAUUGUUAUCUGGAUUAAAUAUUCAAACAGAGAGUUAGCAGACAAUAUUGAUCACAUUCUAAACAUCUUAUUUUAUGUAAGUUUUCUUAUAUUAUUUAGAUUUAUGUCACUCUUAUGUAUUAUUUAGAUUUACACUAUUAUAUUUUAGGCAAUAUAUUCAUAGUGUUGUCUUUUAUUUUUAAAAUAGCUUGUGAAAAGAAAUUUGAUGAGUAGCAUGAUUAUUCAACUAUUAUACGAUUGGUAUUUUUAAUUAAUAUUUAGAGUUAAAUUUUCUAUAGAUUUUCAUUAUUGAUAGCAAUUCUAUGUAUCACUUUAAAAAUAAGUCGAUAUGUAGAUUGGACAUGGUCAUAAACAUUUUGGUGGUAUUGGAUGUUUUUAAGUGGAUUAAUUGGAUGUAUGAUAACAUUUUUAUUGAUAUUAAUUUCUAAACUAAUUAGGAUUAAAAAUCACACAAUAACUAACCAAUCUAAAAAUGAAAGUAUUACCUUAAAAUUCUAAUUUAGUUAAAAUGUUAAUAUGGUUGUUAUAUAUUACAAUUUUAAGCAGUCUAAUAGCAGGAAUUUGGAUAAUAAAUACAUUAAAUGUACUUGGAAUCAAUUUCAAUAUUUAAUUAGGAGAUUUAUAUAUUUACAUUAUCAUAUCUUUGAAUAUUCUCAUUUUUUGCUCAAUCUCAUAUUUAUUUUUCAAUUCAGUGGUUGAAUUUGUUUUAACAAUAAAUUAAAUUGAAUCAAGAAAUUCAACUCCAAAAAUAAAUUCUUAAAAUAAAAUAAAUUAAAUUAAAAAGGAAGUAACUAAGACAUCAAUUUUCAUGUAAAAACUAUCAAAUGCUUACUUUCGAUAAAUAAAGAACUUAUAAGGUGUAGUGUUCAAAGAUACAAAUCAAAAUGAAAUAUUAACAGAAAGAAAUAUGAAUAACAAUAUUAUUUAAAAAAAUAAACUUAGUCAUCAUAAUUCUAAUAAUAAAUGCAUUAUUUGUUGUGAAAAGGUAUCAAAUGCAAUAUUAAUGAAUUGUGGUCAUGGUGGAAUCUGUUAUUAAUGUGCAGUGCAAGUAGCAUAAAAUUAAAAGGAAUGCUUUCUUUGUAGAUAGAUAAUCAAGUAGAUUUAUGAAAUAGAUUAAAAUGAUGCUAGCAUGUUCAAAAGAGUCAUCACAAAAACUAGAAUUUAUAAUUGA